CGUCAAAAUAACCAAAAUAACCUAAAAUUUUGUAACUGAUCGUUAUAUUGUUCGUUCGUUAUAUUUCGAUGCAUAAUUAUUAAGAAAAAUAUGGGAGUCAGAGGAUUAACAACUUAUAUAAAUCAGAAAAAGAAAGAAUUUCUAGAAGACCAUUUACUUUAUGAUUGUUGUUUAGUUAUAGACGGGCACAGUUUAUGUGCUCAGCUGUUCAGGCUAUUAAACAGUUUCGUCGCCUUUGGUGGAGACUACGAUAAAUUCGGAUCAUACGUCCGCAAUUUUUUUAAAAACCUUAGAAAAUGCAACAUUACUCCCUAUGUCUUGUUCGAUGGGAGUCAUGAAAAAAGAAAAUUGAAGACUAUUUAUAGCAGGCUAAGAUCGAAAAUAUAUGGUGCGUCCAAACUGGAUCCAGUCACUCAAGGCAGUAUACAGAUAUUUCCACUUUUAUUCCGUGAUGUUUUUAUAGAAGCUUUAGUGGAUAUGAAUGUUGCAUACACAGUUUGUGAAUUUGAGGCAGAUGACGAACUAGCUGCAAUGGCCAGGCAUCUGAACUGCCCUGUACUGAGCUAUGAUUCAGACUUCUUCAUCUACAACGUUUUGUACAUACCCUUCAACACUUUGGACUUUAAGCCUAAACCAAUAGACUUUGAUGGAACAAGAACCUAUGUGAUGGAGUGUAAAAUAUACAGGGUACAACACAUGGUCCGUAACUUUGGGGGAUUGAAGGAGGAGCUGCUGCCUUUACUGGCAACAUUGCUAGGUAAUGACUUUGUUGAGAAGAAGGUAUUUAGGAAAUUCUUCUCACAGCUAAAGUUACCGAAAACCAAAAAGAAAUUAAAUGAUCAACAAAAAUGCAUUCAUGGUUUAUUUCAAUGGCUUCAGAACGAAACCUUAGAAAGUGCAAUAGCCAAAAUACUGGGAAGAUUAAAGAAAAAAGAAAAAGACAAAGUACUUGCUAUUAUUAAGAAGAGUAUAGAUGGUUACCAUAGCAAGCACUGCAGAUCAUUGAAGUAUUUUAAUCUGACCGAGGAUUCUACGCCUGUAUCAGACUGGCAGCUACCUGAGGGCUUUGAAGAAACAUUAGAUUUAGAAGAAGAAGAAAACAAUAAUGAAAAUGAUGCUCAGGACAAUGAUGUUUCUUCGAAUGAUGAACAAGAUGAUGAAGAAGGUGAGGAAGAAACCGAAACCAAUGAUGAGUUAGUACUUGGUGUGCCAGAGUGGUUUGCGGAAGGGAUACGUCACAAGUACAUACCGAAAACUUAUAUCAAUCUUUAUACUCAUCACAUACACAUCUGUGCCCCACAAGCCGAGGACUAUACGCAAGAUGAUGCUUGUGUUUGUUGCCUACCAAUAAUGAGAUAUGCUUUUGACUUGCUAGUUGAUUUCCCUGAAGACAACUGUGUUUACAUUUGUCGUGAAAAGCACUCAAGUUAUAAAAGGCUGUAUAUUGGUACAGAUUUAAGUGUACCACGGCCAUUCAGUAUACCAUUUUGUGAACUAACAGAAGUACAACUCAAAUCAUGUUUUCAUCAUUUCUUAAGAAACCAAUCUAUGAUACUUGAUUUAAAUUUAUUAGAAAUACUUCCACGUAAUUUUCAACUAUAUUUUAUUGUGAUAUUGUAUUGGGUGAAAAAUUGCGAAGUACCUUUAGCAAACGUCCAUAGCCUUAUAAUGUGCUAUGUAAUGUUAGAAGCAAUUGAUGAAAGAACGGGCACCUUUAGAGGCCACUUCCAAUUUAAUAAUCAAUAUUCAAAGAAAGUUGAAGAGCUAAAAAAACAGCCGGCAACACAAAAAUUGGAUGAUAAUGAUUACUUCUUGAAUAAAAAUAAAGUUCUAUAUGAAGAUUGUUUGGUUGCCGCUCAUGUGUUGUUAAAACAUUUUGAAAUGGAUGAUAAAAUUAUUAAGAAGCCGAAAAGUUAUGACCAUAGAAGGAUGCAUUCAUUUGCUCAAUUCCAAUGCUGUUUACACCAUUUAAAUAGUCUUAACACUUUAUGUAGGAAUCCUUUUGAACCUACAAAGUACUGUAAAAGUUUUAAUGGUACUUUUGUGUACAAUAUAGCACUAAAAUUGGAAAAUCAGGCUGUUCCUAAGUCAUUUUUUGACAUGUACCUGAAAGGUGCUACAACUGUUCUGAUGUUUUAUAAAAGUUUGUGUAAGGUCUACGAAAAGUUUGCUGAAGUAAUGGAUCUGAAGACAACCACGUGGAUGGGGAAGAAGAAAAGGCAAAGGAAACGUAAUCAAGUGGAUGAUGAAUUAAAGUUUAUACUCAAAGAGUUUGAAUCAGAAGUUUUUAUUUAAUUUAGAUUAUUAUGUUUCAAUGUUGUUAAUAUACAAGGCAGGGAUUUUUAUAGAUGUUGUCAAAUUGCAUAAUUUUUAUUAAAUAAGAACAUUUGUUUGAA